UGAUCUCAGGUCAUCAUGGCGGGCAGACCUGCUGUUGCAGCAUCAAGCAAGUGGCUGGAUGGUUUUCAAAAAUGGUAUUACAAUGCUGCUGGAUUCAACAAACUGGGUUUAAUGCAAGAUGAUACACUACAUGAGACUGAAGAUGUGAAAGAAGCCAUAAGAAGGCUUCCUGAGCAUCUUUAUAAUGACAGAGUGUUUCGAAUUAAGAGAGCCCUGGACCUGAGCAUGCGGCAUCAGAUCUUGCCUAAGGAGCAGUGGACAAAAUAUGAGGAGGACAAAUUCUACCUUAAACCCUAUCUGAAAGAAGUUAUUCGGGAAAGAAAAGAGAAAGAAGAAUGGGCAAAGAAGUGAUCUUGUAGUUGAGAUCUGUGGAUGUGCCUGGUC